AAUGGCCGAAGAGGGAAAGAAAAUUUCGUUCGGGUUUUCGAAAUCUGUCAAAAAACCAGCAUUGAAAAAUGUGCCGCCACCGGAACAGAAAAAAGUUGAUUACAUUGAGUGUUUGGACGAAAAGCUGAUAAAAAUCGUGGGAGGAGAGAAUAAAAAAGAUGAACCACUUGUCAUUCCUAUGCUUGGCUCUAAAACUUGGCAUGACAGAAUAGUGAAUAAAGUUGAUGCCGAUAUAUUUGAGCCAAAACCUGGUGAAUCUGGGGACAAACAAACAAUUAAUGAAAAUAUGCCAGAAGUAAAUGUGAAAAUUAAAAAAGAGCCCAAUAAUGAAACUCUCAAUGGGAGUUUAUCGAAACAAAAUAACUUACAGCCAAUGGAAGUUACAGAAAUAAAAAAUGAAUCUGGUAGUAAGGAGCCACUGUCAUUGGAAGAACAGGCUGCUAGAGAAAUCAUAGCUGAUCUCAAUUCAGAUGGAAAUAAUAAAGACAAACAGAUAUUUACAGUUCCUAUUAAACAAGAAAAUGAAGAUGACCUUAGGGGUAAAGAAGAGUCUACUUUAGAAGAUUAUGAGAAUAUUCCGAUAACAGCAUUUGGUGAGGCAAUGCUACGUGGAAUGGGUUGGCAGCCAGGAAAAGGGAUUGGAAAGGACGAGAAGGUCGUUGCACCAGUGAUUCCAGAGUUGAGACCCAAAGGAAUGGGGCUUGGUGCAGAUAAAAGAACCAUACAGAAAGCUUUACAAAAUUGCAAAGAGGGCAAACAAGACCUAAAACUUGUGAAAGGUAGUUAUGUAAAAAUAACAGAAGGAAAAAGCAGUGGUAGUUAUGGCCAAGUGGAAGCAUUUGAUGAUGAUGUUGCCAGAGUUUUUGUAAAAUUAGCCCUUGGAGAUGCAGUGAUUUCUGUCAAUGAAUAUUGGGUUCAACCAGUAACGUCUUCAGAAUACAUGGAAAAAUCCAAAGUAUUAAAUCUAAAGUCAUACGAGGAGCACAAAGAAAAUGAAGCAAAGAAAGAGAAGGACUCUGGCAGAAAUAAAAAACUAAAAAGAGAACCUUCUCCCAGUUCGAGUGAUGAUGACAACCAUAAAAACAGGCGUAGCGAAAAAUCUAAGAAAAAUUCUAAAAAGAAGCAUCAAUCGUCGGAUGAAGAGAGCAGUCCAGACAGAAAAGUGAGGCGGAAAAGAAGUUCGUCGAGCCAAAGUGACGAAGAUCGCAAGUACAAGAAAUCAAAAAAGUCCAAGAAACACAAAAAUCGUGAUAGUUCUUCGGAAAGAUCGAGUCGAAAAAACAGAAAAAAAGAUAAAGAACGGGAAAAAUUGAGGCACAAAAAGUCCGAUUAUGCGGAUUCCUUGGAAAGAGCGAAGCAUAGAGAUCGCAGAAAGAAUCGGUCGCGUAGUCGUUCACCGAGACGGUGAAUUUUAUUAAUAUGAAUCCUAUGGAUUCUAUAAAUAUUGCGUUCUCAUUUGUAUGUACUAAGCUUUUUUUACAUGACCAUUUUAUUUUUGUACAGUUAACAGUACUUAUAAGUGCGAUAAGAAGAUUUGUAGAAACAUUUACGUUGCCUUUUUUGAGGUAAAAAAAAUGUAAUAGGUAGUACGUGUACAGAAUUUUUAAUUUAAAUUUAUUGGUGACCAAUUUGAAUCACGCCAUUCAACGAUUUGAAUAAAUAAUAUUUUACGUACAAGAUGAAA